UGACCACGCCUGACACUGACAUAAGUCAACCGUGUUGCCCUAUGGUCCUAUGGAUAGCAUGGGUCUGUACCUUCCUACCUUCUUCAGUGUAUGUGGUGUAUAUAUUUAGUAAACAUAACCUUAAAAAUUUCCCAACAACCCGAGAUAAAAGUAAAUGGAUUUUAAAGACCUUUGUCAAUUUUUCGAACAAAUUAAAGAAACAAAAACCGCUAAUGACAAAAAGAAGCUGAUACGAGAGCGUUUUAAACAGAUACGCAAUGAAAACGGCUCGAAUUCAAGUUUUGAUUUCUUUCAAAUUUUGCGGCUCUUUCUACCAAGUUUCGAUCGAGAAAGAACUUCUUUUAACAUGAAGGAAGCCAAAAUGUCAAGAAUUCUAACUAAGUUGCUAGAUCUAUCACCUGGUCACGACCGAAAUGUUUUAUCAAAAUCACAUUUAAUGGCAGGACAAGCCUCAGACUUCGGUGAUGUAGUUUAUUCUGUGAUAAGGAAGUAUUUGCGAAGCUACAACGAAAAGGUAACCAUAGAUGAUGUUAAUAAAUUCUUAGAUGACAUAACAAAGAGAAAAACCGAACAUGAAGCUGAACAAGCAAUGAUGCAAAUGUUUCAAAAGAUUCCAGCUGAAAACAUUCGAUGGGUCAUCAGAAUCAUUCUGAAAGACCUCAGAUUAGGCAUCUCACCAAACUCUAUUUUGAACUGCUACCAUACAGAUGGUGCAGCUUACUAUGCUACUAAUAAUAGUUUGAAAAAGGUGUGUGACAUAUUAGCAGAUGAGAAUGUCAAGUUGCACGAGUUGGAGAUUGAAAUUUUUGAGCCAUUUAGACCAAUGUUGUCUAAGAGAAUAGAUGGUUCGAAUUUUAAAAAAGAAUUUGUUGAAAAUAAACUGUUUUUUGUUGAGGAGAAAUUUGAUGGUGAAAGGUUUCAACUGCAUUUGAAAGAUGGGAAUUUUAUGUACUUUUCCAGAAAUGGCUUCAACUACACUGAUAAUUUAGGGAAAAAUUAUAAUACAGGUACAUUUACACCAAAACUAAGAGGUCUGCUAGAACCAACAGUAAAUAAACUAAUACUGGAUGGAGAGCUAAUGUUGUGGGAUUCAGAAUAUAAAAAUUUUGGAUGCAAAGGAAUGGCUUUAGAUGUAAAGAAACUCAAUGUGACAGGUCGUUAUCAACCAUGUUUUUGUGUGUUUGACAUCAUCAUGCUCAAUGAUAGAAUUCUAACUAACCAGCCAUUGAAAGAAAGAAAACAGAUAUUGAAAACUGUAUUUCAGGAUGUCAAAGAUGGAGUAAUUUUGAGAAGCAAGGUUAAGGCAGUUUCAUCAAGACAAGAGAUACUGGACGAGUUGAAUGCAAUUGGGAAAAGGGAAGAUGAGGGUAUAGUUGUUAAAGAUCCAGAUUCAAUCUAUAAAUACAGUGACAGAAAUAGUGGAUGGUAUAAAAUGAAACUGGAAUAUUUUCAGGAUUCAAUGAACGAUCUGGACCUGAUCGUGAUGGGUGCAAAAUUCGCUACGUCCACCAGAAAUACGCUCAACUCAUUCAUAGUGGGAGUGAAAAGCGGCAACACUGCAGACGGUCGCGCCACCUACCGAUCUCUCGGCAAAGUGACAGCCGGUUUGAACAACGAACAACUGGAAGAUAUAGAUCGGCUGCUAAAAACAGCAGGGAAAAAGUUCGAUCCGGUAACAUUUGCUGACACCACAGCGGAUGUUUUGAUUUUUGGAAAUGAGAAACCUGACUAUUACAUUGAGCCCCAGCACACUUUGGUAUUUCAAAUCAGAGCUAGCGAGCUGAUAAGGAACAAUGAUAGUUCGUUUGCUACUUCUUACACGUUGCGUUUCCCAAGAAUUCUGAAUGUCCGACGGGAUAAGCCUGUCGACGAGUGCCUGACUGUUGAUGAACUUUUGAAUCUCACAAAAAGUAACAAGGCCGUCAUUAAGUUGGCUAAAGGUAGGAUAGAACUGGAAGAAAUCCUUAAAACGAGCAGUAGGAAAGUAGCGAAACCAAAAUUGGUAAUGCCAACGAUCUUUGAUGUUAGACAAGUGUGCGAUAUUUUGGAGGGUUUUACCGUCUAUUUGUUAAAUGGCACAGAAGAAAUGAGUAAGGAGCAAGCGGAGAGCUUCGUACAAAAAGUUGGUGGGAAUACAAGCUUUAGGCUUGUCGAUACUGUGGACAUUGUUCUCGUGGGUAUAAAAACGGAAAAAGUUGGCAAAAUAAUAGCGAGACGUGCAAAUUAUGAUAUCGUAGACUUGAAGUGGUUACAAAGGGUUCUAGAACAUGGUGAUCUCGUGCCAUACCGACAAGGUGAAGUGUACUACAUUGCUCCGAAUUAUAAGAAUAUCUUAGCUGAUGGCCUGGACAUGUACGGAGACAGUUACACUGAAGGGACAACUGUGGAAGGAUUGAAACGAACCUUCGAAAUAAUUGAACACAUGGGAGAUUUUUGCAAUGUAAACGACACAAUACGAUACACUGGAUCACUUAAUUGCAUUGAUUAUAAUGCAUAUUUUGAUAAAUAUGAGAUACCGAACGAUAAAAAUUCUAAGCUUAUAUACGAUUCGUUGAUAGACGAGAUAGAAUUCAGAUUUUAUAAUGGAUAUGUGUGUGAUACUAUCUGUGAGGAAGUUAAUUUAUUAGUUUAUAGUGGAGAGGAAGGGAGAAGAAAAUUUUUAGAAGAAUAUUUGAAUAAUAUUAAUAGAACAGAUAUUGAGUUGAGGUGUAAUUCUUUUCUAUAUAAAUGAUUAUAUUCUAACUUUUAUGCUUUUUAUACAAUAAUUAUGAUUUUCAAAAUCUAC